AUGGAUCUCGAUCCUCCACAAAGCAGUGACAAUAUGUUGCCAGAACCAGGACCAUCUGAACUAGAUAUCGACCUUUCUCAGUUGGAGGAUAUAGAUGCACGUCGACAGCAAACCGCAUCGAAAGCCCUCCAUGCCCGAAGCGUUCUGGCUUUACGGAAAAAUGUCCCUACGACUUCCCUCCCCAACGAUACGGCAGCACCUCCCUCGACUCCUGUACCAUCAAUAACUUGCACAGCACCUGCUUCUUUCGACAAUCAACUUUUUGUGGGCCAGCCGGCGGACAAUACCCUUGACGAUAAUGAGAUUGAGCAAAUUCGGCAAUUUGUAGCUUCCCAAGAUGGGAGUAUGAGCGAAAGCAAUGGUCUUACAGCCAUGUCCCAGGAGCAAGACAAGGUAUCGACUGAAUCUCCAAGUGGUGUGACGGUCAUUGAGAAUCUGAUGAAUCGGGAUGAGCCACAGCCUGUGGUGGCCUCAUCGUCGAAAUCCUCCGAGGCUCCUGACGCGGCUGCGGUUACAGGGAUUCAGGGAUCGGUUGACGAAAAUGUCGCGUCUGAAUGGCCUGAGGUCCAGGAAGAAGAUUCCACAGGGUUUGAUAUCAUCGAGACAUGGUAUAAUACCCUUGAGAACCCGACUCUCGAGGACACAGUACAGUAUGAAAAAGCAAAGCAGAAAGAGGCUCGGCGCAAGGAGAGAAUUGCCAGCCGGAAGGCUCUGGAAGAGGCAGAACAGACCCUCGAGACUUUUCCGGAUUUAUCUGAUGAUGAACUGCUCAACUCGUCACUUGGACCAUUACCCGGAGACACUGGUAGGCGCUCGGAUAUGCCGUCUGCAAACCGACCUUCAAAAGGCCCACGAAAGCAGAAGAAUAGGGUCUCUGCCGCAGAAAGACGCAGAAGUAUGCGGUUAGGUCUCGAAAUUGGCUUAGGACGUGUAACGAGAAACAAGGGUUCCGGAAAGAAACGCUCUCGAAAGCGGAAAGCAGACGACAGCGAUGAAGAUGUUCCAGCUAGCGGUGACGUUAGCAAGAAAAACUUGUUUGAUCCGGAAUUCGACCUAAACGCAUUUCUCAAUCCCGAUGUUAUCGCAGACGCUCAAGCGAAUGCUGGACUUCCGGCAAUUCCAAUAUCUAAUUCCAAAAACAAGAAAAGUGCCCUCGCUGAACUUGUCGCUAGCAUCCCUUCUGCCGAUCAGGAUCAGGCCAAGUCCGACAGGCAAGCAAUCCUCGAGGCAACCACAAAGUUCAGGCAUAAAGCAAGAUCUGAUGGCAAGGGCGGGUGGAGGAUAAAGGGCAUGAAGACUAGUCUCUUCCAUCAUCAGCGUGAUCGGGAGAAUUCGACCAGUCCGCCCUAUGGGGGCUUUCUUUGCGAUGUUAUGGGUUAUGGCAAAACUAUUCAGGCUCUAGCCAAUAUUGUUGAUGGAAGAUGCGUUGACCCAGACGACCCCGUCAAAACAACAUUGAUCGUCGUUCCACCUCACCUUGUCGGGCACUGGGAAUGCCAAGUCGUCAAGCAUUGUGAGAAGGACGCUGUUGGUGACGUCCUCAUAUACUGUGCUCAGAGCAGAAUGCGUAGCGUCGACGUUAUUCAAAGUCUGCAGAAGUUCAGUGUCAUAAUUACGACAUACGACGAGGUCAGACGCUCGUAUCCGCAGUUAAAGCGCAGAGGUGAGGUUCUCGAUGAAAAGGAGAUCGUUGAGAUGUGGGAGGAACUCUACGCCAAAGAGAUCGGGCCAUUACAUCAGAUCAAGUUCUUGAGGAUCAUCCUUGAUGAGGGACAUUCGAUCAAGAACCAUCUUGCCUCGACGUCAAUCGCCGUCCGUGCUCUCACUGGCCAUCACAAAUGGAUUUUGAGUGGAACACCCGUGCCUAAGUAA